AUGCAAAUACCUGUAUUCCUGCUCACUGCUGUUGCAAAUGCGGCAAGGCAACCAUACGAUAGGCCAACGGUGGGUUAUAUCACCGCGGUGAGACCAACUGGGCUUACGAACUGGUCACAGGUGGAAUGGCACAACCGAGAAUUCUCGAGAUGCCUACUUCCGGGCAACAGAAGCUGGCCUGGAGUGCAUCGAAACCGACAUCCACAUCUCAGCAGACGGCCAAUUGCCGAUGAUUCACGACACCGGUCUCGGGCGCGAGACAGACAUUGGCGAGCAGACUGGCCAAGCAGCUUACAAUCCUUCACUGGCCAAGGCUACAACCCAAGCGUGAACGACCUCAACUUCACAGGUCUGAUCGAGAAGCUCCACCUCCGUGACGAAGGUGGUAGAGUCCACAUAGAAACCGUCCCUACCCUACCACAAAUGGUCCAAAGUAUCCACGAUUCCGGCGCCAACGUCGUGUUGCAGCUCGAUCUUAAAGACAAGGAAGCUGUUGAACCGGCUUACUGGCAACUCAAGAAUCUAACGAACCGUGCUGGCGUUCCUGCUAAUAGGUGGUGUAUUUACAAACUCCAGGCUACGUGGUGGAAGACGCCCAAGGAAUUUGAAGCGUUGCCUUGGGUCCGGGAUGCGUUCAGGGAGGAUGUGCGGCUUGCGUACAUUCCAGUGCAUAAGCCGCAGGACGAAGGGGAUUGGGAUGUGUUUGGUGGGUUGAAGGCUUUUGCGAGGACGAAUUAUACGAUUAGCGCAGAGACUGAGAUGAGGGCGAAGGGUGGCUUGCUUCAAGGAUUGUUGGAUUUGGUUUAG